ACAAUUUGAUCAAGACACGCCACUACUAGCAUACAUUGUGUAUGGUGUGAAUUAGAAUUGGAAGAAGCAACUUUUUCCUUGGACCUCUCUUAAAGAGUCUAAAAACUUUAACCAAGUCUUUUGGCACUCAUGAACAUGGACAAACCAAGACCACUUUUGGUUAGCCUAAUAUGAACAUGAGUGAUGAAAAGGACAAAUAUCACAAGCUUUAAGAGGUGUUAAACAUGCCUCCUUACCUGGAAAUCAGCAGCUUUAUAGGGAGCCUACUUUCUCAGACAGUUAUUUCACUUUGACCCUCGGUCAUAACACUGCCCUUCUUAAAUUCUCCCCCCACCUGCCCCUCACCUCCAUUCACUGUCUCCUCUUCACUCUCUUUUCUCUCCACUGUUGGAACAAUAGGAAAACAAAAUGGGGUUUGCAAGAAAUGCCUUGGGAGCCUUUCUUCUUCUUGUUUUGAUUUUGUCAGUAGCUCAUGGGGAUCCUCUUGUUCCUGCACUCUGCAUCUUUGGGGACUCUGUAGUUGAUGCAGGCAACAACAACAACCUUGCCACCCUUGUCAAGGCAAACUUCCCUCCUUAUGGAAGAGACUUUGUUACUCACAGGCCAACAGGAAGGUUCUGCAAUGGAAAGCUAGCCACAGACUUCACUGCCGAGUACCUCGGGUUCACUUCAUACCCGCCACCUUACCUUAGCCAGGAGGCACAGGGGAAGAACCUCUUGCAGGGAGCCAACUUCGCCUCAGCUUCUUCUGGUUAUUAUGACAGGACAGCACAGUUAUAUCGUGCGAUUUCAUUGACCCAGCAGGUAGAAUACUACAAGGAAUACCAAGCAAAAGUUGUAAGGCUGGUAGGAAAAGCUAGAGCUCAUGAUAUAUUCUCUGGCGGAAUCCACCUUCUGAGUGCUGGGAGUAGUGAUUUCGUUCAGAACUACUAUAUCAACCCCCUCCUUAACAGGGCCUACUCGGCCGAUCAAUUCUCAGAUCUUCUCAUGAAAUCCUACACUACUUUUGUUCAGAAUCUAUACGGUUUAGGGGUAAGGAAGAUUGGAGUGACAACGUUACCGCCAACUGGGUGUUUGCCUGCAGCUAUCACCCUCUUCAGCUCGGGGUCCAACCAGUGUGUUGCAAGGUUAAAUCAAGAUGCCAUUAACUUCAACAGUAAGCUAAACAUCACAUCUCAAGUUUUGCAAAAUAAGCUUCCCGGUCUCAAACUUGUGGUCUUUGACAUCUAUCAGCCACUCCUGAAUCUGAUCACAAAGCCCACUGAUAAUGGGUUCUUUGAGUCAAGGAAGGCUUGCUGUGGUACAGGUACAAUAGAAACCUCCCUGCUUUGCAAUGCUAGGUCUGUUGGAACCUGCUCCAAUGCUUCACAGUAUGUGUUUUGGGACGGAUUCCAUCCCUCUGAAUCAGCAAACCAGUUGUUGGCUGGUAGCCUACUUGAGCAGGGAAUCAACCUCAUUGGUUAAAGCUAUACUAUUACCACUGUUAAAACUCUGCUAUUCCACUUCUGUAAUCUUCUUCUAUAAAUAUAGAUGAGAGUAGAGAUAUUUAUGUGGAUCUGGCAGUUUUAGUUUGAGUGUUUGGUUUUCUAAUGGUGUGAUACUUCUCAUUUCUAUCAUGGAAAUUUGUUCGUGUCAAUCCUUAUAUCAAUAAGAUGAUUACAGUUCCAUUAUCGGUUA